UAUGGGGUCGCGCGCAGAUCUGUGGGGUGUCGCGAGCGCUUGCACGGCAGCAUCAUCACGCGCAGCAUCUUUCGCCCACCGAUAUCCCUUCAUUUCACUUCAUUGUUUCUUCUCAGACAAAAAGAGCGUUUACUACCGCGUUGCAUCUGGAUAUUCUGCUCUCCUGGAUAACCGUGAGGGUAUUUGUGCGGCUGGAUUGGAGCGUUUUCAUGGAAAAUGGCGAGAUGGGCUCACGCAUGUCUGCUGCUGAUGAUGGGGAUUUUCAGCGGAUCGUGGACCGCAGUGGACGCACUCACAUUUCCACAGCAUUACACGAUCAUGCACUGGGCUCGUCGCAUUGAACAGGAGAUUGACAGAGUCCUGCAGCACAUCAGUGGCGCUCAACAACUGAAAGGGAUCUACAGUGAGAAGAGAAGGCAGUUCAGUCUGGUCAGAAAUAACCCUCGAGAAAUCGUAGAGAAAGUUGCAACUGACAUCGAGAGACUGCUGGCCAAGAAACGCAAAGCGCUUGAGAAACUUGCGAGUGAAGCAGAGCGUCUUCAGAAAGAUCAUCGGUGGCAGGAUGGAAUCAAGGAGGAAAAUAUUGAAUAUUAUAACUCUAAAGCAGAGAUGGAUUAUGACGGUGAGGACAUUGAUUCCCAGAUGUCGUUGAAACUGGAGUUUGUGUACGAUCCGAACUUCAAAAACCAUGUGAAUUACUCACACACCGCUGUCCAGAUCCCCACAGACAUCUACAAAGGCGCUCCGGUGAUUCUGAACGAGCUGAACUGGACACAGGCAUUAGAGCGAGUCUUCAUAGAGAACAGCAGAGACGACCCAUCGUUGCUCUGGCAAGCAUUUGGGAGCGCCACCGGCGUCACAAGAUACUAUCCAGCUGCUCCCUGGAGAGCGCCAGAUAAGAUCGACCUUUAUGAUGUACGACGCCGACCGUGGUACAUUCAAGGAGCGUCCUCGCCCAAAGAUAUGGUCAUCCUCGUAGACGUGAGCGGAAGCGUCAGUGGACUCACUCUCAAACUGAUCAAAGCUUCGGUCAUGGAAAUGCUCGACACACUCUCAGACGACGAUUACGUCAAUGUGGCCAGGUUCAAUGAGAAGGCCGAGGCAGUGGUGCCCUGUUUUAAGCACCUGGUUCAGGCGAACGUGCGCAAUAAGAAGAUCUUUAAAGAGGCUGUGCAGCAGAUGCAGGCCAAAGGAACCACCGAUUACAAAUCCGGCUUUCACUUCGCCUUCAACCAGCUGCUCAAUAAGACGAAUGUUCCUCGAGCCAACUGUAAUAAAAUCAUCAUGUUAUUUACUGACGGAGGGGAGGACCGAGCUCAGGACAUCUUUGAGCAGUACAACUGGCCCAAUAAGACGGUCCGUGUGUUCACGUUCUCGGUGGGGCAGCACAAUUAUGAUGUCACUCCGCUGCAGUGGAUCGCAUGUGCUAAUAAGGGAUACUAUUUUGAGAUCCGCUCCAUCUGUGCUAUAAGGAUUAACACCCAGGAAUAUCUGGACGUGUUGGGCCGCCCCAUGGUUCUGGCAGGAAGAAGUGCCAAGCAGGUGCAAUGGACCAACGUCUAUCAGGACGCGCUGGGUCUGGGGCUGGUGGUGACGGGGACGAUGCCGGUGUUCAACCUCACUGUGGACGGAAACUCUCAGAAUCAGCUGAUUUUAGGGGUGAUGGGGGUCGACGUUCAUCUGGAUGAGCUGAAGAGACUCACGCCACAAUACAAGCUGGGAGCAAACGGAUACAUCUUUGCCAUCGACCCAAAUGGAUACGUGCUGAUGCAUCCGAACCUGCAGCCUCGACGCUACAUUGACGAGGUCACGCGUAUGUACAGCUGGACGGCCGUUAACGAUACUGAUUACAGUCUGGGUCUGGUACUUCCUCCGUACAGUGAAUAUUACAUCCAGGCUGAUCUCAGCGAUGUCAUGUUACAGCUGCAGUAUUUACAGUCUCUGCUGCCGAACUCGUUUGAGUCGGCUGGUCACGUGUUUCUAGCUCCCAGAGAAUACUGUAAGCGUCUGCAGGUGGCUGAGAAUAACACACAGUUCCUGGCGGACUUCCUGUCUCUGAUGGUGGAGAUCUCACCUGAAUCUGAAGACUGUGAUCAGGGUCUCAUUCAUAACCUGAUCUUGGAUUCUGGGAUCCUGUGGAAUCUCGCGACACGCGUUUGGCAGAACAAGGAUCUCAACACGUAUGGCUUCCUGGCGCUGUUCGCAUCUACCAAUGGAGGCGUUACACGCGUUUACCCCAACAUAGCUGCUGAAUCAUGGGACGAGGAUCCCGAACCUCUGAACUCAAACUUCUACCGUCGCACUCUGGACAACAAAGGCUACAUCUUCAGGGCGCCGACACGAACCUCUAUGGAUGAUCUGUUAAUCUCAGAGAACGGCACUGUGGGGAUUUUGGUCACCACCGCCGUGGAGGUUGUGAUCGGGGGCAAAACCAUGAAGCCUGCAGUGGUCGGCGUCAAACUGGAUUUGGAGGCCUGGGUCGACAAGUUCAAGAUCCUCGCCAGCAACGUAUCAGACAGCAGACAGGCCGCACAUAAGUGCGGCCCCUCCAGAUCCUGUGAGAUGGACUGUGAAGUGAACAGCGAUGAUUUGUUGUGUUACCUGAUCGAUGACGGAGGUUUCCUGGUGAUGUCCAAUCAGAGAGAUCACUGGAAGAAGGUGGGUUUGUUCUUUGGCGAGGUCGACCCCUACCUGAUGUUCGCCCUCUACAACAACUCAAUCUACGCCCGUCAUCAGACCUUCCAGUAUCAGUCAGCCUGCGAGCCAAUGGCCAGCAGCCACACGGGAGCCGCGCACAGAGGAUUCUACGUGCCCUCCAUUGCUGAUUUUCUCAGUCUGGCCUGGUGGACGUCAGCAGCUGCGUGGUCUGUUCUGCAGCAGUUCCUGUAUGGACUCAUCUACAGUAGCUGGUUCACCACAGAAGAUGUCUGGGCUGAGAGUUCGGACACUAAAGGGAGCAGCAGCUGUGUGACGGUUCACAGUCAGUUCUACUUCACCAACACCACCAACUCCUUCAACGUGCUGCAGGAUUGUGGGAACUGCUCCAGGUUGUUCCACGCCAAGCGUAUAGAAAACACGAACCUGUUGUUUGUGGUGGCUGAGACUCUGCCCUGCAGCUCCUGCGAGAUCGAGAAACUCCUCCCUGUCAGAACAAAGUCUCAAGAAGAGAAUCCAUGUGAGGUGUUAAACUCCGCCCGCUAUCGGAAAGGCCCUGACAAAUGCUUCGACUACAACACAGAGGAGAACACGUCGGAGUGUGGCAGCGCUCACUCUUUAUACUGUCCGAUGCGAGUUCUGCUCUGGAUUCAGUUAUUGUCGCUUUACCUCAUUCUACUAUCGUAAUCUGAGUCCCACUGCCUUCGGUGUUCCUGUCCCUCAUCCGUACGCCACUCCGGUCCUGGUUUUCCGGCUCUCUGUCUCAUCGUGAGGUGCAUUCCAGCUGUGUGCCAUUACAGCAGAGCAUGAUGGGAAAACAUGUCUUUGUAACCCCGACAUUGUGCAGAUCCCAAAAAAACAAAACUGUCUUAAAUCAUUUCACCUUUAUAUUCGUAAAACGUCCAAAAAAAGUAUUUUUGCUCGCCAAAAACAGGAAAGGACCUGGUUUGUUUCAAAAUACUGGAACACGACACGAGUUUUGACGGUUAUUAUCACAAUCUCGCAUUGUGUGUUUAUUUGAGUCUUGCUUCGUUCUCGAUUUAGUGCCAAACCCUGACGUAUGUGAAUGCUCAAACGCUGGGGACUCGCAGCUUUCAUUGAAAUAUUGUUUUUUGAAGCUUCCUUACCAAGAGAGAAUGUUGUAUUAUUAUCGCAAACGGCUUCGUUUAGGAAAAAAGAAAAAGAUUUAGAUUUUGUUUCGUGUUCAUUUAGAGCUUUUGACGAAAGUUUUAAGGGCAUAUAUUGUGUCUAAAAAUUGCUGCCUGGUUUGUUACCCAACAGUGCCUUGGCGCACUUGUCCGAAUGGACCAACAAUAGCACUGGACGUGGAUUUGACUAACCCUGAAUGAAUGCUGGAGAAAUAUACGGUAUUGAAUGUUUACAGUAUAAGGGUGAAUGUCAUGAAACCUGGCAAAAGUUCAUAUUUCACCCCAAAAUCAAAAGAUAUAAAUAGGAAAUGUCACAUAAAGAAAAUGAAGCACAUUUUUAGGACCAUUAAGAUUUCAAAAGCACAUUUUCCCUCCAAAUCUCAUUACCGUAAUGCGAAAAAACACAUUUUCUUAUUACUGUAAUGUGGGGAUAAAAAUAUUUUAACAAUAUGGUAGCAUUUGUUACACUGCCUUAAUUUAUGAUUAUUCAAAUAGUAAAAAAAAAACAUUAAAAUAAUGUCACAAUGCAAAAAAAAUAAAUAAUCCAAUGUUCCU